AUGCGUGUAUUCUAUUUAUAUCAUGUGCAGACAUGGUUUGAUACUGGUUGGUCCUCCUGGAGCUGGCAGCAGUUGGCUUUGGGGUUCUUGCAAAGCCCGAAGACAAGGACAAAGAAGAAGCAAAGCAGAAACAAAACAAAUGAAGAAAGGGAUGAAAAAAGGGAGGAAGAGGAGAAAACAAACGAGAGAAAGAAAAAAAAAAAUUGCAAGGUCACACGUCGAUUCCCAAAGGACAGCGGUAGCCGCGUCCGAGUCCAGCCGGAAAGCAGGAAGCAGAAACAAGCAAGCUGCGCGCAGAGAUUGAUAUGGAUCGACCAUGAGAGGGGGGGCGUCUGGACUGAGCAAAUCAGCCGCUCCCCCGCUAGCACUGCCUACAACUAUGGGGUACUGGGGGAAAAGGAGUCGAGUAUUCUCCGAGAAGAUGAUGCUCCAUCCCACGGACUGUGGAUGAUAGCGGCGGUUCAUCCAGGCUCUGGCCGUCCAUCUCCCACCCGAAGCUCCCUCUAUUCUCCCAUCUUCGAUAAUCACUCUUGGUUUCCGGGUUUGGUCUUGCAUCAGAUGGAGAUACCAGCAUCCAUCAGCAACAUCAUCUACCAAAUGUAUCGACAUCGAUCUAUAUAUCAGGCUCUGCUCGCCUCGGCCGAAAGUGGCCAAGACGCCUUCCCGGGAAACCAUCCUCGGUAUCCCGCGGGAAACUUGCCUAGCCGACGGGAAACUUUAAGUGGGGCGUGCCUGGAUCUGACUUGCUUAUGUCAUCUGAUACUUCGGCACUUCCAGGGAAGAAAAAGCACAAACAUGAUGGAAGAUGAUGACGAAGGAGAAGAAAAACGAAUGCUGAGGUACAUCCACCUUUGUUGA